AUGACGACGGAUGACAGUCGCAUCACCUCCUUUGCGAGCUCCAGCAGCGGACACUCCAACGUCACCUUGACGCCCUCUGUCCCGAACUGCCCCAACCGCUCCGUCUCCGUCUCGUCCCUUUCCGGUCGAGCUACGCCGAGGCCCAUCAAGACCGGCGAAAAUGGAAGAUUCAGGCCAUUCAAAGAAGACUCGCAAGUCUCGCCCACGUCGCCCAUCGGUUAUAGUCGCCUCGCUUUGUCGCCCGCCUCGACCUCCUCUGGCAGCUCCCUGUACGACAACCGCCGCAUGAGUGACCUCACCAACUACCGUCGCGACCUUGCCGUGUUGGAGCCCUCUGGCGGCCGCAUCCCCCAGAUUCAUCGAGAUCCUCCUCCUGCGCCGAGUCCCAAUGCUCAGCAGAACAUAGCUCCCUGGACGUCUGCCAACGGUGGCGCCGUUGCCACUGCGCCACCGAGCGCCUUCGCGACGAGCUUCUACAAUGAUUCGAGCGACAACGUGUCCACCUCCUCCCCGGCCUCUCAACUGUCACCCGCCGUGCGACUGGGUCCGCCGCGGCCAACCCCAAACUCCAACCACGAUUCGUCCGAUGGCGCGUUCUUCAACGAUGACAGACGGCCGUCGGUGGCAAGCGUAAUGACGGCAAGCAGUCAAGGCUCUAAGAACAGUAGUGGUAGAGGCGGCAUCAAGAAACUGCAAGGCUUUUUCGGGGAGGAGUUCCCAGGUCGUGAUGGAUCCGAGACGAGCCUUCCACCUCCCGGCCAGGUGAAGGAGCAACGCUCAUAUUCGUUCGGCCGCCCCCGCCGUGGCAGGAACGACUCGAAUGCUACCGAUCAUACGGGCAGAGAAGCGUCACCGGCAUCCUCUCGUCCGCGAACACCUGUACCCUCGAGCGAUGUAGUUCCAUUCUUAUAUCAGGAGGCCAAUGACAUUGCUAAGUACGGGGAGGCUCCCGUGCGCGAUAUGCUUGCCGGUCCGGACAAAGAACGUUACGCGCAGGAAAAUAUUGCACAGAUACCGCCCAAGACAUCGUCCUCGUCGCGCUCCAACCACUCCAUCGUACACUUACCUGGCCACCACCACCGCCACAAUAAGAGCAUUGACGAUACCAAUUCUUUGCGGCCAGUAGCCAGUCGGGAGGACUCUGUUGCCAGCUUUUACACUAUCAAGGAUAGGGGUGGUUCUACCACGAACAUGGCACGACCCCGAGCGCAGAGUCCCACGCCAAGUACCAACAGUAGGCUGGCUUGGGUCGAUGGCCAAACUUCGCCCGGCGGCCACGGGAAGAGAGGCAUCCUCGACCGAUUGCGGCGACAUAAGCACAAAGAUGAAGGCCAUACUCAAAACCAGAACCAGAAUCAGAACAAUCGGCUACGAAACAUGCCGCCCUCCAGUCGCUCCCUGGCAGCGUCGACAAUAUCUCGUCAAGACUUAGGCCGUGGAACACCCACGCCCUAUGACAAGCCGCUCCCAAGUAUAGAACACGCGCCAGAAAGGGAGCCACAACGUCCCACCAAUGCUCGGCAAGCAACAUUCAACAACAAAUUCCCCUUCUCCUCCAAGAAAACACGUCCUCAAGCACGCUAUGACGACAACGAUGAGCAUAUUGGCCCGACAGAUAGGCACGACCCGGACUCGAUGUUUCACCUCGAUACCAAUCUUAAUGAUAUGGAAGGUAUCCUGUCGCAUCCACCACCGCUGACACCAAUGGACCCCACCAUGUUCAAAAUAUCAGAUGUAGAGCUCAUGCCUGAACCAUUAGCAACCAAGGCGGGAGGGGCGUGGAAUGCGCCAGAUAGCUGGGCUGUUCGUCGUAACGCCGAGGAGAGAGAUGCCCAUACUCCGGAAGUUGAUGAUAUCGGAACACCCCCACGUCCCGAGGAGAGGUCGUCACCUCACUGCAUUCGUGUCUUCCGCUCUGAUGGUACCUUUGCAACUGUCCAGAUGCCCCUGAGCUCAACAGUAGCUGAGGUUAUGGCGUCAGUGAUUAAGAAGACUUUCGUCAAUGAAGGGCUCGAGAACUAUCAUAUAGUGCUGAAGAAGCAUGAUUUGACUCGGGUUUUGGCCGCUGCUGAACGACCGCUUUUGAUUCAGAAGAGGCUCCUACAGCAAGUAGGAUAUGAAGAAAGAGAUCGACUGGAAGACAUCGGUCGCGAGGACAACAGCUACCUGUGCCGUUUCUUGUUCUUGUCUGCGAGGGACAGCGGCUUUACAGCCAGCCCUCACGAUCUUGGACUCGGUGGUAGGGCCGCAAAGUUCAAUCAUGUCGAUCUCUCUGGGCGGAACCUGAUCACGAUUCCGAUUACGCUGUAUUCCAAGACAGCGGACAUCAUCUCCCUGAACCUCUCUCGCAACCUCUCCCUCGAUCUUCCGCGGGAUUUUGUUACGGCAUGCUCCCAACUGCGUGACAUCAAAUACGCCAACAACGAAGCUCGGAAACUUCCCAUCAGCAUAGCCAGAGCGGGUAGGCUGACGUACCUCGACGUUUCCAACAAUCGCCUAGAAGAGCUUGAGCAUGCCGAACUGAGUUGCUUGGGUGGGCUUUUGAAGCUGACCCUAGCCAACAACCGCCUCAGUCGCCUCCCUCAGGAUUUCGGUGCUUUCAGGAGCCUCCGUUCACUGAACAUGUCCUCGAAUUUCCUGGACAAAUUCCCGUCUUUCUUAUGCAGACUGGAAAGUCUAGUUGAUAUAGAUGUCAGCUUUAACUCCAUUGCGAGUCUUCCUGAGGACAUCGGGAAGUUCCGAAGUCUGGAGAAGUUUGUCAUGACCAACAAUCGACUUUCUGGCUCGUUGCCAGCAGCAUUCAGUCAGUUAAUGAACCUGCGCGAACUGGAUCUGAAAUACAAUGCGCUCACGGCUAUUGAUAUCAUGUCCGAGCUUCCAAAGCUAGAGGUUCUGUCGGCCGACCACAACAUGAUCUCCCAAUUCGUUGGCAGCUUUGAGCGAGUGCGAAGCCUGAAAUUGAACUCAAAUCCAAUCACCAAAUUCGAGAUUGUGAGCCCUGUACCAACACUGAAGAUGCUCAACUUGUCGAACGCUCAACUCGCGAGCAUUGAUGGCUCAUUCAACAACAUGGUCAAUCUAGAAAGACUUGUGCUGGACCGAAAUUACUUUGUAUCUCUCCCCAACACGAUUGGCAACCUAAGGAGAUUGGAGCAUUUCAGCAUCGCUCACAAUUCCGUUGGCGAGCUUCCCGCAGAAAUCGGUUGUCUGAACGAGCUGAGAGUCUUGGACGUCCGGGGAAACAACAUCAGGAAAUUGCCUAUGGACAUAUGGUGGGCAAACAAAUUGGAAACGCUCAACGCCUCCUCGAAUGUCCUCGAGAAUUUCCCUAAGCCUGCUUCUCGUCAACCCCAGCCGCCAGGGGAUCCCUCGGGCUCAUCUGCUACCAUCAGCAAGCCAACGGUCGGUCCUCUCUCUCAACCCUCAAGUACCGAGGAGCUUCUGGCAGACGGCUCGCGUCGACCAAGCCACGCCUCAAGCACAUUGCUCAGCGUUGGGCCUUCACCUGUCCCUGGCGGUGCAGACAGAAAGGGCUCCGUGGUGUCCGUCUACGGGAAAGGUGGACGCAAAACUUCGGUCGUCUCCAGAAGCACUACUGCAAGUAGCGCUAACGGCACUAUGACCCCUGCCGCAACAACCAGAAAAGACUCUGGUCUCUCAAAUCGCCUGACUAACACGUUUGCUGGCUCUUUGCGGAAUCUGUAUCUUGCAGACAACCAGAUUGAUGACGAAGUAUUCGAUCAAGUAACGCUUCUCAGCGAAUUGCGGGUUCUCAACUUAUCCUACAACGACCUCAGCGACAUGCCUCAGCGGUGUAUCAAGAGCUGGCCUCAGCUGGUCGAGUUAUACUUGUCAGGCAACGAUCUGACUAGUUUGCCGGUAGAUGACCUGGAGGAAUACAGUUUGCUUCAGGUGCUAUAUAUCAACAACAACAAAUUCACGAAUCUUCCAGCCGAUAUUUCGAGAGCAAAGAAGUUGGCCGUCUUGGAUUGCGGAAACAAUUCCCUCAAAUACAAUAUUGCCAACGUGCCAUACGAUUGGAACUGGAAUCUGAAUCCUAACCUGCGUUUCCUCAACCUGUCAGGCAACAAACGAUUGGAGAUCAAAUCAAACAACACGGGCCCAGGUUCCCAGAGCCGUGAGCAAUACACCGACUUCAGCCGUCUGCAUAAUCUCCGCGUACUAGGAUUGAUGGACGUCACCCUUACUCAACAACCUACUAGCAUCCCAGAUCAAAGUGAGGAUCGCCGUGUGAGAACCUCGGGCUCGUUGGCCGGGCACCUCCCCUACGGCAUGGCAGAUACCAUGGGCAAGAAUGAGCAUUUGUCUACCAUCGAUCUCGUUGUCCCGAGGUUCAACUCGUCGGACUCGGAGACACUGUUGGGCUUGUUUGAUGGCCAAGCGCUCUCCAGUGGUGGCUCUAAGGUGGCCAAGUACCUUCACGAAAACUUUGGGCACAUCUUCACUGUGGAGCUCAAAGCGCUGAAAACGCGCCAGAACGAAGGACCCAUUGAUGCGCUCCGCCGUGCAUUUCUCGCCCUCAAUAAAGACCUUGUCACCGUGGCCAUUGAGCAUACUGAGAAGAGACCCAUGGGGAUACAUCGUGGUUCCGCGGCACCUGUGGUCUUGAGCAAGGAAGAUCUGAACUCGGGGGGUGUUGCAACGAUAGCUUAUCUCCAAGCCCAGGAACUGUACAUUGCCAAUGUUGGUGAUGCGCAAGCGAUGCUCAUUCAAUCGGAUGGCACACACAAGAUUCUUACACGCAAGCAUGACCCGGCUGAGCCCAACGAACGUCAACGGAUACGCGAUGCUGGAGGGUGGGUGUCCCGUCAAGGACGAUUGAACGAUCUGCUAGAAGUCUCUCGUGCCUUUGGUUACGUUGACCUGAUGCCUGCUGUGCAGGCAGCGCCUCAUAUCACUCAGAUCUCGAUUACUCCGCAGGACGAGACUAUUCUGAUUGCGACAAAGGAGUUAUGGGAAUUUCUUACUCCAGGUUUGGUGGUCGAUGUGACUCGGUCGGAACGGGGCGACCUGAUGCGCGCCGCGCAAAGACUACGCGAUCUUGCCAUGGCGUACGGUGCGACAGGGAAGAUUAUGAUCAUGAUGAUCAGUGUGCAUGACCUCAAGCGACGUCAAGAGCGGUCUGCUCGUCUGCACAGAGGCCAGAGUAUGUCGUUAUACCCGUCCGGGGUUCCGGACGAGUUCCAGUAUCCGGCCAAGAGAGGCAGGAAGCCCAAAGGCGAGGUUCAAGAUUCGACGCUGCAUAGACUCGAGGCUGAAGUUCCCGCGCCGACCAACAAACCUUCCAUCGUGUUCACGGACAUCAAGAACUCGACCAACCUAUGGGAGAUGUACCCUACUGCUAUGAGAUCCUCAAUCAAGCUGCACAAUGAGGUCAUGCGGCGCCAACUCCGAAGAAUCGGGGGAUACGAGGUCAAAACAGAAGGUGACGCUUUCAUGGUCUCUUUCCCUACUGCGACUGCAGCACUAUUGUGGUGCUUCUCCGUCCAGACGCAACUACUCGAGGUCAACUGGCCUUCCGAGGUGCUCAAUUCGGUGUCGUGCCAGGAGGUGUAUGACGGCGAGAACAACCUCAUCUUCAGGGGCCUGUCUGUAAGAAUGGGUAUUCACUACGGUGAGCCUGUGGCCGAGAUCGACCCAGUGACCCGCCGUAUGGACUACUUCGGGCCAAUGGUCAAUAAAGCUUCCCGUAUCUCUUCCGUUGCCGAUGGCGGACAGAUCACAGUGUCGGCCGAUUUCAUCUCGGAAAUCCAACGCUGUCUCGAGACCUACCAAGAGAACGAACGCAAUGGGUCUACGGGCUCCGACGCCUUUGAUGAUGAUGCGACGGCAUUGUCUAUCAGGAAGGAGCUGAAAUCGCUCAGCUCACAAGGCUUCGAGGUCAAGGAGAUGGGCGAGAAGAAGCUCAAAGGCCUCGAGAAUCCCGAGUACAUAUACUCGCUCUAUCCACAUGUUCUCGCUGGUCGAAUCGAUUAUCACAAUGGGGGCGCCGCAGCAGCCGACGCCGCCGAUAAGCCUGCGACACUUGUACCAGGGAGUGAACUCGGGUUCGAUCCAGAGAUGAUAUGGUCUCUAUGGAAAGUUAGUCUACGCCUGGAGAUGCUCUGCAGUUCUCUGGAAGAAAUGUCAGGGAGGGGUUUGCAGCCUCCUGAGACCGAGCUGCUGGAGCGUAUGAAGCAGCGUGGCGGCGAAGUCACAGAGCGGUUCCUCUUCAACUUCAUGGAACACCAAGUGAGCCGCAUCGAGACCUGCGUAUCCUCCCUGGCGAUGCGACAUAUCGCCAUGGGCGGAGGCACCAUCAAUCAACUUGAGGAUUUGCGCACACCUAUGACAACCAUUCUCGACAACCUCGCUAUCCAGCUUGCCGAGCUCGAAAGAUACAAGUCCAAAUACGGACCUUUGGACAGCUCAGAGUCCGAAGGGAGCGACACGGAGCAGGAAUAG